AUGGCCCGCAGAGCCAUCACCAGCGAUGCUCCCGCCCAGCGCGGUACUCCCGCGCCAGAGAUAAAAGCAGAUACCACGGACACGAGCUCAACAGCUAGUCGGGCUUCCACAGCACCUAAACCGUCGCGCAAGCGCCGUCCUCGAAACCGCUCGACCGCCUCGACCGCCUCAACAGCUACCAACGGCUCGACUACCCCCGUGCCCAGGACUCCUACCCUCAAGCAGCACACCGCUAGUACGAACGAUAGUAGCUAUGAUCCCCUCACGGAGGCUGUAAUUAGCGCCUUUGCUACCUUUGGUGAACUCUUCCUCUCCCUAAUCACCUUCCUUCGCGAUAGCCUAACUACCACGCUGCGCCUGCUGCGAACGCCGCUCUCCCUCCUCCUCGGACUGUACCUUCUCGCCGUCACCGCCGCAUACUGCUACCGCGCCCUGUCGAUACCUAUUACGCGCGCGCUCCUCCCGCUAUGCAACAUACCGGGGGUCUCGCUGCUAGAUAUACCGUUGUGUAACAAUGCAUAUACCGCGACCCCGACGCGCACGUCGAGAACGGACUUUAAGGCCCUGGUCGACCUGCAGACUUCCUUCGAGGACAUCAUUGAGAAAGCAGCCAGCGGCUCAGGCUUGGGUAAUGACCUGAAGAAGUCGGAGUUCGCAGUGUCGGACUUGAAUACGCUGGUCCGCAGUUCAACACUCGAGUGCCGAGAUGAGCUCUCCAUCCGCCUCGAAGACUUCAUCACAGGCGCCAAGCGCACCUCCAAAGAUCUCACACGCUUCAGCUCCAGAGUCUCCGGCGUUGUCGACUCCAUCAUUUCCAUCGACACCUUCGCUCUCCGCACGCUCUCCGCCGCCCGCGCAAUCGAGCUCUCUGCAACCCCACAUAACCCCGUGGUCCAAUACGCACUUGCGCCGUUCCGGCGCUUCACAGCAAUGGCGGACGCAGAGGCGUCUGUCAUGGACACCUUUAUAAAGGCGGGCAAUGUCAUGGAGGAGAACAUCAGGAGGUUGGUGUUUCAGGCCAAAGGGUUGUUGGAGGAUCUGGAGACGAUGGAAGAAAAGUUGAGAGUCAUACAUGAGGUUGUGGCGAGGGAGGGGAAUGUUGUUAAUGAGGCAUAUGACGAUGUGCUAUCUCAACUAUGGACGCUCCUCGGCGGCAACCGCAGCGUCCUCGGCCGCUACGAGUCGCAACUGGCACUCCUCAACGACCUCGCCGGCUAUCGUGGAAAAGCGAUGGCGCAUGUGCGUGUGUCGCUAAUGCGGUUGGAGAAGAUGCAGACGGACCUGGAGGAUCUGAGAGAACAUAUGGCGAGGCCCGGGGUGCUGGCGGAGGCAGGAAUGGAGGGGCUGCCGUUGGAGGUGCAGAUGGAGACGAUUAGAAGGGGUGUGGAGAGGUUGAAGAGCAGUAUGGAGAGGGCGAAGGGGGUGACGGAUAGGCAACAUGAGAGUAUGCUAGCGCAGCAUACCGAGAGUACCAUUGGGAUAGAACAGAUGCUGGACGGAUGA